AUGUACAACAAAAUAUUAAGUUACUUUACAACUAUUACAGAGACAAACCAAUUAGUUGUUUAUGACGAUGAUGAUGAUGGCACUGUAGUGGUUGGAGGAGGAGAAUGUUAUUUGCCCGAAAAGUUACCAAACUUGAUCUUAUUAAAGAUCAUUCAAUCGAUUGACAACAAUGUAGAUUUAAUAUGUCUAUUGCUGACUUGUAAAAGGUUAUACUAUAACAUUAGACAGCAGUAUAGUAAUACUCUACAAUUCAGACAUAUAAGAUACCUAUUCAAACACGUCACCGUGGACAAAUCAUUGAUCAAGUCAAUCAAGAGUUUUAAUCUACGCUCAUUCAAAAGUCUAUUCAACAACUCACUAUCAAAUCAAAUAGUAUUGUCUAACGAUCAAGAUAAAUUACCAUCACUCAAUACUCAUCUUAUAAAUAAUAAUAAUAAUAAUAAUAAUAAUAAUAAUAAUAAUAAUAAUAAUAAUAAUGACAACAACAACAACAACUCAACACCAACACAAUUAUCUCUAUUAGAUAAUGUAAAUCAAUUAAAAUGUAUACCAUCAAAUACAACAACACUAAUUCUUCCAUCACCUAUUCAAUCACCAAUACCAUCAACACUAUUACAAGGUGUUGAUAACCUUCAACAUCUCUCAAUAAGGGAUUAUUUGGUACCACCAGAAGAAGAAGAAGAAGAGAGUGAGAGUCAGUCACAGACAAAAUUCAAACUACCAGAUACUCUUUUAUCUUUGUAUCUAUUUUGUAGAGACCCAUCUGUCUUUGGGUCGUUACCAUCACGACUCGAGUCUUUGAGACUGUAUGGUACAUCAUUUAAUGCGCCGUGGCCAUUAGAUACUCUUGGUCUUGAAAAACUAGAGUCAUUAAAGGAGUUGCAUGCACUCUCUGUCAUUUUCAGUCAGUCGCCACGAGGCCCCUUUUUACCAAGUUCAUUGACCUCUCUAAAUAUUGAUAUAUUCCAAGAACCACCCAACACCUUGUUCGAGCCAUUGGUAUCGUUGGUCGAUCUCACUCUCACUGCCAAUAUUGAUGAUCCUGACAACUGUACACUCGAUCUCACCAAUCUACAUGCUCUAGAGACAUUCACCUUUUCACCGGCAGGUGAGGUUAUACUAAGUAGCUCACUCUUUAAACUACCAAUGACAUCAUCAUUAAAGACACUUCAUAUUUGGAAUCAACUCGGUAUAACCAAUGUAACAACAAGGUUCUUUCCAACAACUCUCACCAAUUUAGUCGUAUCGGCAAGAUUCAUUGAUUUCGGUAAAGUUGUAUUACCACAGUCUUUACAAACCCUGACUCUUCAUCAAUGUGAGAGUCCAAUCCCCGUUGGCUGUAUUCCCGGGAAUGUACACACCCUAGAACUCUCUUGUUCAUUGCAAAAUCGAGAUGUUGAAUUGUUGGAAGGAUCGAUACCUGGGUCUGUCGAGAAGCUAGUAUUACUCAAUUUCAUUGGAUCCAUCACAGCUAGACAUUUACCAGAUUCUAUCAAACAUUUGCUGUGGGAUAGAGAAACUGGUGCAAAUACAGUGUUACCAACGAAAUUAGAGAAAUUGGUUUGGUUACAAACAAUUACACCUUUUGUUCAUCCCAUAGUCUAUCCACCAACCAUUCAAAUGAUUGAUUAUUCUAGAGUCCGUGCUGGGUACCAAUUGACCAGUAUCCCAUCAACUCUUACUCGUCUUGAUGUCAAUCUACAAAAUAGUACUACUAUUCUAGGCAUUCAUAUUUUCUCGAUUUUACAUAUUACCAAAAAUAUCAAAAAUAAUAAUAAUAAUACUCCUCUUAGAAUAUUCCCAGCUAGUUUGGUAAAAUUAAACAUUACAAUGGAAUAUUCGGUAACCCAUACAAUGGAUACAAAGUUUAGUUUUAGAUUGGAUGAAGUAAUCAAUCAAACAAAUGUACAAAAACUAUCAAUUAGUCGAUUUUCAGUGCCAUGGUUUAAAGCAACUAUUAAAAGAUUGGAAAAGGAUAAUUCAAGAGUAUUAAUAGUUGACAACAAAUCUUUAUUUGGUGGUAUCAUUCAUCAAUCGAUAAACAAAAACUAUGCUCCUAUUUAUCUUCAAAACAGUAAAGUAAAUCAUGUACCUUGUUGGAGUUAUUCUCUAAUUUUAGAGGAAGAAGAAAGAAGGAUAAUGAUAGAACAAUUUCCCAAUACUAUUAUAUUACAUAUCAUCAAAUCAGUUGACAACAAUGUAGAUUUAAUAUGUCUAUUGCUGACUUGUAAAAAGUUAUUCUAUAACAUUAGACAGCAGUAUAGUAGUACUCUACAAUUCGACUUUAAGAAUAUUAUAUACUUUUAUGAAGGUUCAAUCUCUAUUCCAAAUGAAUGGUUGGUCAAGUCAAUCAAGAGUUUUAAUCUACAAUCAUUUAAAAGUCUAUUCAAGAAUGCACGAUCAACCGAUCCCCGAAAAUUACAUGGUAUAAUAGUUCCACCACCAUCAACAACAACCUCUAUAAAUAUUUCAACACGGCUAGAUACACCACUACCAUCAACUCUAUUUCAAGGUAUUGAUAAUCUUCAAAACCUAUCCAUUUCAACUGAAUACGAAUCUGAAGAGAGAGUAUGUUCCAAGUUACCAGAUACACUCAAAUCAUUUGCAAUGGAUUACAAGUAUCCAAGUUGUAUUGAAGGAGGUGAUGUGUUUCCAUUGGGAUUAAGGAUAUUGCAAUUACGUGGAAAUGAAGAUGAUUUAUCAACAUCACUAGACUCUCUUGGUCUAGAGAAACUAAAGGUACUUACAUAUCUGUCUAUUAAACAUGUUGUCAUCACUUCCUCCCCUUUCUCCUCCUCAUCCAUUUUACCAAGUUCAUUGACAUCACUUGAUAUUGCAAUUAGAGGUAAUGUCCCUUCCAACCUUUGCCAAUCACUCGUAUCACUUAAAUACCUCACUAUCAGCCUUUAUGAAAAUGGAGACAUGUUGUAUUUGGAUCUCGCACAUCUCUGUGUACUCGAGUCAUUUUCAAUGUUUUCAAGAUCGAUAUCAACACAAUUGCUUGGACUAGAUGCUACCAUCCAGUUUCCUCUAUCGUCGUCUCUCACAUCCAUCUAUAUCGAAACUAAUUUCAAGUUGUCGAAUCUUUCAACACAAUCUUUCCCAACAACUUUACAGGAUCUUGAUAUGUAUUUUGGACCAACCGAUUAUAAGACGGUAGAGUUACCAAAAUCUCUCACCAUACUCAGUCUCUUGCGUUGUCAAGUCCCAAUACCAGUUGGAUAUAUUCCAAAUAGUGUAAAGACAUUAUCAAUCGUAUCUUAUGAUUCUCUGGUUGAAAUAUUGCCGGGAUCUAUACCAUCGUCAGUAGAGACUCUUACCCUACGCGGAUAUGAAGGACCAACAACAACAGAGUAUCUACCAGAUUCCAUCAAAUCGUUGACUUGGGAUCGAAAGACUGAUACUCAAACACUUCCAUCAACAUUGGAGAAAUUGUGUUGGGAUGUUUUGCUUGAUAAAUAUAGUCCAAAUAUAUCUUGUGUGUUUCCAUCAACCAUUCAAAAUAUUGAUUACGCUGGUAUCGUCACAUUCCCUCUCCCACCUUCACUCACCAGUCUAUCAUGUCAAUUUGAUCAAACUUGUCUCAUUGAUAAUUUAUAUUAUUCAAUUUCAAAGUUUAACUAUCAACAACAACAACAACAAGGAAAAGAAGACAGUCUAUUACUACUACCGUUGAAUUUAAGAAAACUAAAAAUUAAUAUCGAUGGUAUUAAAGAUCAAAAUAAUAGUAAGUUUAGUUUUAGAUUGGAUCAAGUGAUCAAUCAAACAAAUAUUGAAAAACUAUCGAUUGUUUUAAAUGGAAGGUUAUGGUUUAUAGCAACUAUUUUAAAAUUGGAAAAGGAUAAUUCAUCGGUAUUACUAGUGGACAACAAAUCUUUGUUUGGUGGUAUCAUUUAUCAAACAAAAGAUUCAAAUAAUAAUUACAAAUAUGCUCCUAUUUAUCUUCAUAAUAGUAAAGAAAAUAAUAUACCCUAUUGGAGUCAUACGAUAAUGAUAGAACAACUUCCCAAUACUAUCAUAUUAAAUGUUAUUAAAGAGGUUGAAAACAAUGUAGAUUUAAUAUGUCUAUUGCUGACUUGUAAAAGGUUAUACUAUAACAUUAGACAACAGUAUAGUAGUACUCUACACUUUAAACAUAUAAGAUACUAUCGAUCCAAAGGAAACAAUCAACCAAUUCAAUCGUUGUUCAGUUUUAGUUUACACUCAUUUAAGCAUCUAUUCAACAAUGCUCUAUCAAAUCAAAUAGUAGUGUCUGAUAAUCAAAAUAAACCAUCAUUCAAUAACAACAACGAUAACAACAACAACAAGUCAACACCACUACCUGAUAACAUAACAAUAUUUAUAACAACAAACAAGUUUAAUGAUAUCAUACUACCAUCAACAACAACAUCUAUUGAUAUUAAAUCUCAUGUAGAACAACCAAUACCAUCAACACUAUUAGAAGGUAUUGAUAAUCUUCAACAUUUGACCUUCUCGUCUCAAUACUCAUCACUAGAGAGAAUAUGCAAACUACCAGAUACACUCAAAUCAUUUUCGAUUUAUUACAAAUGGCCAUGUUGUAUUGAAGAAGAAGGUGAUGAUGCGUUUCCAUUAGGAUUAGAGACACUAUCAUUAACAUCCAGGGUCUUAAAUCCUUUACCAAUAUCACUAGACUCUCUUGGUCUCGAGAAACUCAAAUCACUCAAAUCAUUAACUAUUUCAGUCAUCGAAAGCCCUUCCCUAUCUCCAUCCUCUUCUUUCUUUUUACCAAAUUCAUUAACAUCACUUGAUAUUGGAUUUCUAGGUGUUGUCCCUUCCAACCUAUUCCAAUCACUAGUGUCUCUUGAAUAUCUUUACUUGAGUCAACAUGAAAAUGAGAGUCCAUCUCCCAUGGCCUUGGAUCUCACCCAUCUCCAUCGUCUCAAUACCUUUUCACUCGCUCCACAAACCAGUCAUUUAUUUGAUAUUUCCUUUAUCAAAUUACCUCUAUCAUCGUCUCUUCAACAUAUCAAUAUCUCCAACCAUUACCAAAUAUCCAACCUUUCAACAGAAUUCUUCCCAACUACUCUGACAAGCCUAGAUAUGUUCAUUGGUCCAACCGAUUAUGAAACAGUCAAAUUACCAAAGUCACUCACACAACUCAACGUCCAAUGUCAAGCUGCGAUACCAGUUGGAUGGAUUCCAAAUAGAUCAAUACCAUUGUCAGUAGAGACUUUAUCUCUUUUCGGAUUCGAUGGACCAACAACAUCAGAGUAUCUACCAGAUUCCAUUAAAUCAUUGACCUGGGAUAGACUGAGCAAAAAUACAACUACAACACUCCCGUCGAAUUUGGAGAAAUUGGUUUGGAGUAAUAUACCUAAAAAUAUAUCUUGUGUGUUUCCACCAACCAUUCAACAUAUUAAAUGCGCUGGUAUCAUCACAUUCCCACUCCCACCUUCACUCAUCAGUCUAUCAUGUCAAUUUGAUCAAACUUACCUAGUAGAUAAUUCAUAUUAUUCAAUUUCAAAAUUCAACUAUCAAGAAAAAGAAAAGGAAGGUCUAAUAUUACUACCAUCAAAUUUAAGAAAACUAAAAAUCAAUGGAAGAGGUUCAAAGUUUAAUUUUAGAUUGGAUCAAGUAAUCAAUCAAACAAAUAUUGAAAAAUUAUCAAUUAUUCGAUAUGGAAUGAUAUGGUUUAAAGUUACAAUUAAAAGAUUGGAAAAGGAUAAUUCAAAAGUAUUAAUUGUAGAUAACAAAUCUUUGUUUGGUGGUAUCAUUUAUCAAUCAAGAGAUUCAAAUAAUGACAAUAAUAAUAAUAAUGAAUAUGCUCCUAUUUAUCUUUACAACAGUAAAUUAAAUCAUUUACCAUCUUGGAGUCAUACUCUACCUAUCAAUUAA